AUGGAGCACUCGUCUGCCUUUGACGCGGUUAUGGCAGGCAACGCGGGGAUCACCCCUUCGUUCAGUGAUCUACUUGGUGACGGGUCUCCCGUGGCCAAGAAGGUGUGCAAAGCCGCCUCCUCUUCUUCUUCCAAGCUCUCGGGUUCGGCUCCCAUUCCGGUUCGUGCUGCGAACGUGGAAGUCUCAUCCGCUCCUUCUCUGGGUGCGCCUGGCAAGCGCUUCCGCCGCCUUUGUGCUCAGCGUGACACGGUCGGUGAGACUGUGACUGAUGUGGAACGUGACCUUGAUACUCUUGUCGCCAUGAUUUUCCCUGAGCAUCUCGCUGAGCUGGAUCGCAAGGAUAUCGUCUCGUUUAUAAAAAAAAGUCUCUGUCGUCCCUAUUUCAAGAAUUGGCAGAUCCCCUCCUUCAAAUCGAUGGCCGGUGAUAAUCUGAAGUUCGGCAAGCGUAUAUACGCCCGACAGAUCCUUCAGUUCCCCAACAAGGAAGCGGUCGGGGACUUCCGUGCCCGUCCCCCGAUCUUCUUCUCCCCGCCCCAUGGCCCUGCUGUCGAGCUGAAGGUCUACGUCGACCAUGCUCCCGAUUUCACUGCGGCUAAGGCGCGCGGUGAGACGCACAUCGUUCUCCGCAACAUCCCGUUGGGGCUCACUGAGGAGAAGCUGAUCGCAAUUCUGAUGAACGGCAAGAAUCGGGAAGCCAAAGCUCUCGGACACUCUCCUGCCGCCAACAGGGUCAAGCAGGACCUCGGACUCCUUUUCAUCGGCCUCGACAGCGAUGUCGAGGCCUGGACCUGCUGUGCCUGCGAUUUCAUUUGCGGUUGGACUAUCGGCACGGCGCUCGCUCAUGGCGACACGCCGCAGCAUCUCCGUCGUCUGCAGACAUCCGGCCCUCUCCUGAAAGAGGAAUUUGGAGAUUUGAAGGUCCAUAUGUUCCUGAAAAACGACAAGCUCGUGCAGUUCCUGUCCAAGGAGUAG